GGGCUUAAAAUCCGCGCGUACUGAUGACGUCAGGGCAACGUCUGUAUUUGUUGACUCAAGUUGGCGCUAGCGUUAGCUACUUGCAGUGAAAGUUUACUGGAUGUUUAUCACGAUAUAAGCAUGAGCAAGAAAGGUAAUGUGUCGUGGGUGAAACCGAGCGAGCCAUCAUUUCUGCGAAAAUUCAAGAAUGAUAUUGGCUACAAAGAAGGACCAACAGUUGAAACAAAGCGACAGGAGCUGCCCAGGUGUGAAGAGGACAGCGGCGACAGUGACCGAGAGGAUGAAAUGCCCCAGGUGGUGGUGUUAAAGAAGGGGGACCUCACCGCACAAGAGGCCAUGCAGCUCAAGAAAGGGAUGAAAGACUCCAAGAAAGAUGAGCAGCCUCCUGCUGACGGAAAAAUCCUAUUUAAGAAGCCAGCAAAACGUUCCUCAGAUAAAUUCGAAGGCAUAACCGCUAGCUCCAAGAGCAAGAAGAAGAAGAGCGAGAAUGAGGAGGAGAAGAAGAAGGAGUCUGGAGUGAAGGUGAAGAACAGCAGUCUCUUGUCUUUUGGUGAUGAUGAGGAAGAGGAAGACUGAGACAUUCUUUACCAAUCAGCUGAACUGGAUUCUCCGAAGUAUAUGAUGGUGGAACCCCACAUACACACAAUUUUAGAAUUUUUAAUUAAAUUGUUUAAUAAUUUGAAAUACCUUCCCGUGAGACAGAUUGAAGACAUCUUUAAUGUCUUUUGUUUAGUAUUUAAAUGAUUAAAUUCUUUAUUGUGGCAUGUCUGCAGGAAUAUUUCAAUAUCACUGAGCAAAAAUAUGUGCUGUCCAUCCUGUGUGUCACGAUGACAGAAAAAUGACAACAUUUACAGUUUCAGUAGAAAACAUUUUCCUGCUGUAAUUUUAUGUGUAAUGUACCAUUCAUAUUUUCCUUGCCAGAUGUUUUGCAUACUUUUGGAAAUGAUAGGAGGCAACUAUGUAUUUUAGCAUUGUUUAAAACUGGUGUGCUUAAAGCAAAAUGCAAAUUAUGAGCAAGUAACGUUUGGUGGUUUUCAGCUGAAAUCACUGUAUUGAGAUUUGUUGUUGUAGUAGACAGAUUAUUCUGCCAAAAGCAGAUGUUCAUACAUGUAUAGCUUCUAUAAAGGAGCUGUCUAAAGUUUUUAUGUUUUUUUUCCUUCUCAAGGAUUGAGAUACUGGAACAUAACUCUUUCAUUAUGGUCUAUAAAUGAAUAAAAUAAAAAUGAUUAUUAUUUCA